GCUCGUUGGAAACAGCGCCCCCACCAUGACCACAAAGGAGCAGCGGUACGCCAAGAUGGAGCUGCGCGGCAGCUCCUACAACCGCCACUGGAAGACAGACCUGAAGAUGGCCACCUGCGCCGACCCGGGAUUCUGCUGCGUGUCCGCCUUCUGCUCCUGCUGCGUGUCUUACCACCUGCGCAAGAGGGUCCUGCGGGGCGACAUGUCUCGCUACCUGUGCUGCAACGGCGACUGGCCCUGCUCCGGCCGCUGCGGCGAGCAGUCCUCUCCUGAGCUCUGCCUCUGCCUGGAGGUCUCCUGCUGCUUUGCCCAGAGCGUGGCCUCCACCCGCUGGGCCAUCCAGGACGAGAUGCACCUGCAGAACACCAAGUGCGACAACUGCAUCAUUGGCACGAUGAUCUUCGCCCAGUAUCUUGCGUGCAUCUGCUGGCUGGCCGCCUGCAUCUCCGGCAACGACGUGCUGAACGACCUGGCGCAGCUGACAGACAUGAUCGCCGACAUCCUGUGGUGCUCGGUGUGCGCCUGCAUGCAGACGCAGCACAAGGUGCAGCUGGAUGAGCGCGACAGCAACCCCUCCAUCGUGGUGGCACCCUACGCCGCCCCCGCCCCCCAGGCCAUGCACCCCGGCGGCUACCCGCCGCAGCCCGCGCCGUACGGCGCCCCGCCCCCCGGCGCCUACCCGCCGCCGCCGCAGGCCUACCCGCCGCCCCAGGGCUGGGGCAAGUGA